GGCGCUACCAGAGACACGCAGCACGAUGAGUGACGCACGCAGAGUCCUCCUUUUCGUCGCAGCGGCAGCCGCAGUGGCCACUGGCCUCCCAUUGGUGGUGCCGGCUCCCGGCUUCGGGUGGGUGCUGCCGCAUCCAGCCCAUUUAGCGGGACGGCCCCCGCUGUCGCCUUCACCUCUGCCGCCCCACACCGUGUUCGUCCUCGUACGCGGUUACCCUGCUGCUGUACCACGCCCACAAGCAGCCGGAACUUCUCUGGUGCAGACAGCAAUUACUGCAGGCUCGCAGAAUGCGGUGGCCAAGAAUCGUCAGCCGGAGGAUGCUACGACGGUGCCAACCACAAGGGCUACUACGGUAUCCCCUACAACUCCCACGGACACCACGACGCGGCAGCAGGGCCUGCUGAGCUUCAUCAACGUGCCGGACAUCCCGUGUCCUGAGGGACAGAGGCGGGACCCAGCGGGAAACUGCCGGGACGAGUGGUAGGCGAGCGGUUUCUGGAAUCGAGGACUCCGAUCUGUCGCUGGACUGCUGGUGAAAUGUGACAAAUGCAGUUAGACUGUGCUGUGGCCUACCAGAAGUUUACGCUGAUUGCAGUUAUUAUAAGAUACUGAC